UUAUUAAUUAGAGAUAGUAAAAUCCCACAAACGAAGGGGUGAAAAAAAGAGAACUGGAAAUACGAAACCCUAAACCCAUCGUCGGUUUCUCUUCUUACGUUUUCUUCACCAUCUUGAUUAAGCUUUCUGGGUUCAUUACACGAAAAUGUUGAAGUUCUUGUCGAGAGUGAAAAUCGAGUUCAACGCGUUGGACCCGCGAACGGCAUCGUGUAUAGAGUUUCUGGCGCAAUGCAAUUCACGGAGGGCGAAGGAGUCGAACCCGACGUGCGAAGUGGACGUGAAGCGCGUGAGGGAAGAGCGCGCGCCGCAGAUAACGGUGACAUUCGUUAACGGCGUCGAGGAAGUGUUCGACGCGACGGCGACGCCGGCUCAGAGCAUAAGAAACUUGAUUCUGGAAAAGGGUCAGCACCUCGAGACGGAGCAGAUGUUUCGCGAAGCAGGGGAACCCUGGCCGGUUAUCAUCCCCGACGAGGAGCUCUCCCAAAUCGCACUCCCUACCAAACCAAGGAAAGCGGAAGACAAGAAGCAAUAGCUAAAAAUUCUUGAGCUUAUUAACAGCUUUGGAUUGUUCUGGGUUUUGUCACCCUUUCUCUUGUUUCUUUUUGGUGGGAGAUAUGGCAUCUGAUCGCUGCUGCGUUAGUGCUGCAUGCCUUGCUGUAUUUCAGCAUUUAAUUAUUGAAUGCUUAACUAUAUAUGAUUUGCAUAAUAAUGUAUGCCCCUGAAUUGCUGAAUUUUUAAACCGUAAUCUUGUCAUGCUUACUUUUGCUUUCUUCUGGCUUAGUGGUUUACACCUGCAAUGUUCUAUGUGAAUGUUGUAUCCUUUGUAACUUCAAGUCUUUAAAUGAUAUCACUAAGUGUUACACUCUGA